AACCUGCAUCAUUUGUCAUGUUGUCUGAUGGUGGCGCACUAGCAGCAGUGUUCCGCGUCACCGAACAUCGGUAAAACGCUGAAGAAAAAAGUCGUUGCGUCACUUCCGCUUCUACGUAAAAAUGGCGUCCGGCAGCACGGCGGACAACGUGAGGGACGCAAAAACUUUGGAAAAAUCCAGAAACAACAAAAAACCAGUGGAUGAAGCUGAACUUCUGACAGUCCCUGAUGGAUGGAGAGAGCAGCCCUUCACUAAAGACGAUAAUCCCCGUGGUUUGUUGGAGGAGAGUAGUUUCGCCACACUAUUCCCUAAAUACAGAGAAGCCUACCUGAAAGAUUGCUGGCCGCUGGUGGAGAAGGCUUUAGGAGAGGUGCAUAUCAAAGCCUCCCUGGACCUGAUUGAGGGAAGCAUGAGCGUCUGCACCACCAAGAAAACCUUUGACCCUUAUGCCAUCAUUAGAGCAAGGGAUCUCAUUAAGCUGCUUGCCAGGAGUGUUCCAUUUGAGCAGGCUGUACGGAUAUUACAGGAUGACGUGGCGUGUGACAUCAUCAAAAUAGGGACCUUGGUGAGGAACAGGGAAAGAUUUGUGAAGCGAAGACAGCGUCUUAUCGGCCCCAAAGGUUCCACCCUUAAAGCUUUGGAGUUGUUGACCAACUGUUAUGUGAUGGUGCAGGGCAACACAAUCUCGGCCUUGGGGCCCUAUAACGGCCUGAAGGAGGUGCGCAAGGUUGUCAUGGACACAAUGAAGAACAUCCACCCCAUCUAUAAUAUCAAGACACUGAUGAUCAAACGAGAACUGUCCAAAGACGCCGAGCUCCGCACGCAGAACUGGGAGCGCUUCCUGCCCAAGUUCCGCCACAAGAAUCUGGCCAAACGCAAGGAGCCCAAAAAGAAGAGCGUGAAGAAAGAGUACACACCAUUCCCACCGCCACAGCCGGAUAGCAAUGUUGACAAGGAGCUGGCCACGGGAGAAUUCUUCCUGCGGGAAAGCGUGAAAAGGAGGAAGAAAAUGGAAGAAAUAAAGGUCAAGCAGGCCGAGGCACUGAGCAAGAAGCAGGAGGAGAGAAACAAAGCUUUUAUUCCUCCGAAAGAGAAGCCUUUAUUGAAGAAGGCUGCAAAAGCUCCUGUGGAAAGCAAGCUUGACAUCGCUGCCCUGAAGGACAAAGUGAAAAAAGCUAAAACCAAAAAACUGGGAGCUCCACCAGUGAAUCCAGCACCUCCCACUAGUAUGACCACAGACAAAAAGAACAAAAAAACAAAAAGCAAAAGCUGAGCACCGCUCGAAGAACUCUAUUGUGUCGCAUUUGAUAUUGUGUUUGAUGGACUCUGGAAGCACAAAAAGAUAUUCCACGGGUGGAGUGAUUACCAGGAGACCAGUUGUUUCACCCAUAUUUUCUAUGGUCAGUAUUUAUACAGUCAAUAUACUGAGGGGGCAGCUGACUGGAAUUAAAUCACCAUGUCGUGUUUGAUUCAUUUUGUCCUUUUUACCCUGAUCUGCAUCGGUGUACAGGUUUGUUCACAGCUCUGCUUUCUGAAGCGGCGCUUUUUCCAGGAUGAGGCUGACAAACUCAUGUUUCUCCAAGCACCCUCGACACUCUUCUCCCCAUGAGGCUAAAAUAUUCCUCAGCUGCAACACCCUCAUUUUUUUCAGCUCUUCACUGCUCAGCUGUCUCGGCUCAGGCCCUGUAAAAAAAUUAAAUAAAAAAAUGAAUUGUUACCAGGCUUUAACCUGGAAUAAAUGUUUAAGAUGGGGUGCCCAUACCUUUCCAGCCAUUUUGAUACUUUUUGUACAUUAAAGACGCUAAAACCAGUCUGUAGGUCAAUAUAUGCUAAGAUAUUGAAUCUGAACUCAGGCUCAUAAAUGAGCUGCGGGCUGAAAAUGGUCCCCAGCCUGCACUCUGGACACCACUGGCUUAAGAGUUUCUUAAAAUAUCCUCAUUUGUCCCAAAUGACAAUGUGCUGUCCGCUUCCCAAAACCUGCUGUCAAUAUGUAUUCUAUUUUCCCACUUAAAAAAAUUCAAUCUUUUAAAACUACUUAAUCCUGAAAUAUACU